ACAAACACAGAUCGCAACAUAUUUAAUAAUUUUAACAUUCUAAUUCUAUAAGUUAAACGAAACAAAAUUUAAUACUUAAUCAUGUUUGUUAAUUAAUCAUGUAUCGUAACUCGUAAUUAUGGAAAAUUAAAAAGGGUAUGGUUAUCAAAAAGAGUCAGAGGGAUUUCGAUAAAAUAGGACGACAAUCAACACUUGAAAUGGUAAACACAACAUUGACCAUUCAGGAUAUUCUGCCAUACGGUUCGACUAAAUCGAACCAUAAAAAAGUGGACAUGGAUGCUGUUUUACCCUUUAUUAUAUUGCCACUUCUUUUGGUAUUAUCAACAACAUCAAAACUCGUAACCAUUAUAGUUAUGAUUUUUAUUGGUAUGGGCGCUCUGUACGUUCAAUCUCGUCCGCGCCAAAAAAAUAGGUCUCCAUUCUUCUACUCUUGGACAUUGUCAUCGGGAAUUUAUAUGUUUCUAAUAUUCGAACUUGGAAUACUAAGAUUACUUGAAAUCACACAACUAGAAAAUUUUGUAUUCUUACUGCUUUUAACAAGUACAUGUUACUUUUUUUACAAAAUGAAAGCUGUAGCCGACUUUGAACUUGCUACUGGAACUUCGAAAGGAAAAGAAUACAGCCCAGUACUGACAUCAGAUUCAUAUUAUUGUCAAAUAUGUCAGAUAGAAGUUAAUGAAAGGUUUUUUCAUUCAAUAUGGUGGGACUGUUGUGUUCUUAGGCCAAAUUACAUUUACUUUGUAGCGGGCCAAGUGUUUGCAUUUGCAACUCUUCUAUAUGGAACUAAUCUGGGACUUACAACAGUAUGCCAACCAUUUAUACUUUAUGGUACAAUACUAAUGCCAGAAGAUUGUAAUGAUGUAUAUUAUGAAUUUGACCUCGCCUUGUGUUUUGUAUCCUGCAUCUACGGAUUGGGCUAUCUUUUAAUUACUGCCCUAGUAUUAUUAAGACAAGUAUUAAUUUACAUUCCAAAAUAUAGUGAACCACAGUGGAGGAAAAUCAUAAAUGUGCUAACAGUAUAAUAAUUGAAUAUACCAAGAUUUACACACAUUUACAUAGCAAAGCUAGGUCUACAUUAAUAUUUAUUCUUAGUUAAGUUUUA